CGACGUUCCAGGAGUCAGGCGACCGUCAGGCUUCAGGGCUGGGGCAGGGAACUUGCUGCAAACGGGUUCAGCCCUCUCUCCAAAGAAGGAGACUUUCCCAUCAUAAAAUGCAAAGCAGCCAGCCGUUUUCCAUUCCCCCAUCCCCGGCGGCAUUAGGAAGGGGCCGGGAGGAUAUUUACCCCCGCUUUCCCACUUCUAUUGAACAGAACCCGCGGGCAGCAGCUUCUCUGAGAGCAGAGCCAGCCGGCUCAGGCCCAGCCAAGGCUCACACAGGGUUCUGGCCGAGCCCGCGCUAGGCUGGGGCGUCCAGGAAGCCUAGAGAUCCCGUCUAGGAAACCGCGGGGUGCGUGGUGCUGGGGCUGGUUGUGAAAGUCUCAGUUUCAACUGGGCGGAACUCAACCUCGCCCCUGGCGCGCUCGGCUCCUUUUGCAGCUGGGAGGAGUUGAGGCUGGAAGUUGGCAAUCCUCACUCACCUGUCGGAACCUGGAUCCGGACAGGUGAGCGGAGCCUGGAGAUCAGGGCAGGCUGGUUACCGCAGCCUCGGCCUUCCCCGCGCCGGGACACCACGUCCAAAGGGUGUGGGGGCUGCUCCCCGAGACUCGAGACGCCCGGGCUCCGCUCCCCAGCUCCCUACUCCCCCCUCUUGCCCCCGGGCGCCAUCGACUUGGCGAGCAGCGAAGGCCAGCUCCAGCCGACGCCAGAGCUGCGGGUUCGAGAGGCUCCGCCUCCUUCGGCCACUACGAGCCACAAGCGCCUCCGGGAAAUUUUCCAGCCUGUCUUAGGCUGCGGUCACUGCUGAGGUUUUCAGAACUUUGCAGGAGAGGGCCAGCUGGGACCUCUGCCUCCAACCCACGCCUUGCCUGCCUGCCGCCUGCCUGGGACAUCCCCGAGUCCAGGAGAUCCCGCUCCCCGACGCCCCAACUUUUCGCGAGCGGUCUGCGCUCCCAGGCUGUCGAGCUCCUGUGCCAAGGGGCGUGCUGGUUUUCGGGGGCCGGCAACACUCUCUCCCUCGGCUCGCCUUCCACCUACCCCGGCGUGGGGGCUGGGUGAGUGGGGAUCUGCGGUGCACUUGAGCGUUCCCAGAGCUCCGGAUUCGCUCCUGCCCCAGAGACUCCUUUCCAGGGGGGAUUGAACCCAGGCGGUCCCGGCCUCUUACUCCGAAACUCGAGUCGACCCUGGUCUUUUCCCUCCGAACUCCGGUGCCGUCGCGGAUCGGCCGGCGGAGCGUCCGGGCGCUCGAGACUUCGUGGCCUGUCGGGGGCUGCGCGUACCAUGGCCGGCUGCUGCUGCCUGUCAGCGGAGGAGAAGGAGUCGCAGCGCAUCAGCGCCGAGAUCGAGCGGCAGCUUCGCCGGGACAAAAAGGACGCGCGCCGCGAGCUCAAGUUGCUGCUGCUGGGAACUGGUGAAAGUGGCAAAAGCACCUUUAUCAAGCAGAUGAGAAUCAUCCAUGGGUCUGGCUACAGCGACGAAGACAGAAAGGGGUUCACGAAGCUGGUUUACCAAAACAUAUUCACUGCCGUGCAAGCCCUGAUCAGGGCCAUGGACACGCUGAAGAUACAGUACGUGUGUGAGCAGAAUAAGGAAAAUGCCCAGCUAAUCAGAGAAGUGGAAGUAGACAAGGUGACCACGCUCUCCAGGGACCAGGUGGAGGCCAUCAAGCAGCUGUGGCAGGAUCCUGGAAUCCAGGAGUGCUAUGAUCGCAGGCGGGAGUACCAACUGUCAGACUCUGCCAAAUAUUACCUGACGGACAUUGACCGGAUCGCCAUGCCAUCAUUCGUGCCAACACAGCAGGAUGUGCUUCGUGUCCGAGUGCCCACCACUGGCAUCAUUGAGUAUCCAUUUGACCUGGAAAACAUCAUCUUUCGGAUGGUGGAUGUUGGUGGCCAACGAUCGGAAAGACGGAAAUGGAUUCACUGCUUUGAGAGUGUCACCUCCAUUAUUUUUUUGGUUGCUCUGAGUGAAUAUGACCAGGUGCUGGCUGAGUGUGACAAUGAGAACCGCAUGGAAGAGAGUAAAGCCUUAUUUAAAACUAUCAUCACCUACCCCUGGUUUCUGAACUCAUCAGUGAUUCUGUUCUUAAACAAGAAGGAUCUUUUGGAAGAGAAAAUCAUGUACUCUCAUCUAAUUAGCUAUUUUCCAGAAUACACUGGACCAAAGCAAGACGUCAAAGCUGCCAGAGAUUUCAUCCUGAAGCUUUAUCAAGAUCAGAAUCCUGACAAAGAGAAAGUCAUCUAUUCCCACUUCACAUGUGCUACAGACACAGAGAAUAUCCGCUUUGUGUUUGCUGCUGUGAAAGACACAAUUCUACAGCUAAACCUGAGGGAAUUCAACCUGGUUUAAAAGCUGCUGUGCACCCCUCACCUGGGCCAGAAAACCAGAUUUGUUUUAUUUGCAAGUGCUCUAACAUCACCCAGCUCAGCCCACUUCGUGGCGCCAAGUCUAUCAUGCAGCCACAGGGACAACGAUGGGUGAUGGAGCUUGUAAGAUGUUUCAAUUCAGCAAAACUUUUUCAAAGUCUUGCUUUUACAUUUCUUUUCUUAACUUUAAGCUGUAAGAUUUUUGUAUAAUUUUUGAAUUUGGUAUUCUACAAAAGUCUAAAAAGCCACUGUGAUUUAUGGUUUGUUUUUUUUUUUAAUUGAAGUGUGUGUGCUAAUAGCCAUUAGAAAAAUCACAUAACAGAGGAGCCUGUCAAUUUAUGGAUCCUGCUUUGAGACCUCUAGUAUUAGAUGGGUAACCUUUUUUUAAAAUUAAAUAUUGUCAUUGUUUUCCUCUCUUCAUGCUGAAAUAUUCAACAUGCAACCAAAGAUUUUUUUUUUGAAGUUUGUUCUUCUUCAUGUUAACUUCCUAAGUCAAAUUAAUGAUUGUAUCAGUAUCUCUAAUUUAGUUUUGCCACAAUUUGAUUACUAUGGGCUCUAGAUAGUAUUAAGUUGUAUUGGUGAAAAAUGUGUGGUGAAAACUUACACAUAUAUAUAUAUUCCAAUGUAGAUGACCAGGCCUUAUAAACUUAUGAAACAGCUAAAAGCCCAAAUUGUUUAACGAAUGUACUGUAACCUCUGCCAGAGUUCUGAUGGCUACCACAGAUUUGCUGUUUGAACCACGUAUGUUGUGCCUUUCUGAGGAGGCUAAGAAUAUACCAUUAUGCCAUUAGCACUGGA